CCCGGAGCAUGACGGGUACGCAGUGGCGGCGGCUUGGGCGCCCACCGGUGCCGACCGAGUCCUAACGUCAGGGAUGAGCUCUUGGGGUCUGGCUGCUGCCUCCUCCUCGCUCCAGCGCCAUGGAAUGUUUGCGAGUCCUGACCCGGCUCCUGCCGCGCGCGGCGGGGCUGCCCCGCCGGACCCUGUGUGCUCUGGCCUUGGGCCCGACCCUUGUGGCUCACCCGGUUGUCGCGUGCGGCCGCGCAGCCGAACUGCUCCAAAGGAGCCGAGCCGCACCACUGUGCGUGCCCUGCCGGCUCCGCGUUGCAGGUGAAGUGCACCGGUUUAGAACGUCUGAUGUCGCUCAAGCCACUUUAGCCAGCGUAGCCCCAGUGUUUACUGUGACAAAAUUUGACAAAGAGGGAAAUGUUACUUCUUUUGAAAGGAAAAAAAUUGAAUUGUACCAAGAAUUGGGUCUUCAAGCCAGAGAUUUACGAUUUCAGCACGUAAUGAGCAUCACAACCAGAAACAAUAGGAUUAUCAUGAGAAUGGAGUAUUUGAAAGCUGUGAUAACACCAGAGUGCCUUCUUAUAUUAGAUUACCGUAAUUUCAAUUUAGAGCAAUGGCUGUUCCGGGAACUUCCUUCACAGUUGGCUGGAGAGGGUCAGCUUGUCACGUACCCUUUACCUUUCGAGUUUAGAGCUAUAGAAGCACUACUGCAAUAUUGGAUCAACACCCUUCAGGGGAAACUUAGCAUUUUGCAGCCAGUGAUCCUGGAGACGUUGGAAGCCUUAGUAGAUCCCAAACAUUCUUCCAUAGACAGAAGCAAACUUCACGUCUUACUGCAAAAUGGCAAAAGCCUAUCAGAAUUAGAAACAGACAUUAAAAUUUUCAAAGAGUCCAUUUUGGAGAUCUUGGAUGAGGAGGAGCUGCUGGAAGAGCUCUGUCUGACAAAGUGGAGUGACCCACAGGUCUUUGAAAAGAGCAGCACUGGAAUUGACCAUGCAGAAGAGAUGGAGUUGCUACUGGAAAACUACUACCGAUUAGCCGACGAUCUUUCCAAUGCAGCUCGGGAGCUUAGGGUACUGAUUGAUGAUUCACAAAGUAUUAUCUUCAUCAAUCUGGACAGCCACCGUAAUGUGAUGAUGAGGCUGAACCUGCAGCUGACCAUGGGAACCUUCUCUCUUUCACUCUUUGGACUUAUGGGAGUUGCUUUUGGAAUGAAUUUGGAAUCUUCUCUUGAAGAGGACCAUAGAAUGUUUUGGCUGAUUACAGGAAUUAUGUUUAUGGGAAGUGGCCUAAUCUGGAGGCGUUUGCUUUCAUUCCUUGGACGACAUCUGGAAGCUCCUUUACCUCCUGUGAUGGCCUCUUUACCUAAAAAGACUCUUCAGGCAGAUAGAAGGAUGGAAGUGAAAACCAGUCUCAGGCCGGAUGGAGUUGGAUCAAGCGGGAACAUCCUAACAAACCGAUAGGAACACCCGUGCAAGAAUGAAUUUUUUUUUAUGGGAGUCACAAGAAACUUCUGAUAUUCAUUUAUUAUUUUAUUUUAUAGAGUCAGAGACUUGGGGGAAAAAACUGAUAUUAAAAUGAUAAUGUCUGAUGGUAAAAAAUCUCAUGGCAGAUAAGUCACAGCACUAGAACUUAAUUGCAUUUUCAGAAAUCUGAGAAAAGCAGCAAAGCGCUUGUUUUAUAAAAGGACAAGACUCUAUAUCUUGCAAACAUAAGAAGCUAUUUUUAUAGAUAUUAUGUGAAGUAUGGAGAGAUUAACACAAGAACAGACUAUUUUAUAUAUUUUCUUUAAUUUAUACAUAUCAAGAAAAGUGCAGUUUCAUGCCAGAUGAAACCUAUAAACUUGACAAACCCAUUAAUAUAAGAGCUGAUAGUCAUAGUUCUUAGUACAGCCAAUCAUGCUCGUGUGAAUUUCCUUACUCUCAGGUGACUGAAAGCUAACGGGAUGUGUAUUAACCUUAAAACAGACUGUGGAAGUUUGUGCUUUCAAUCAAACCGUGACAUAACCAUAUUUUCGUGUCUUUGCCCUCUUUUUUUAUAAGGUGAAUAAAAAGGAAAAAAUAAUACUAGCAGCAUUAUAUGGAUUCCAGUUGAUCUAGAUUUUACUUCUGGACCCCUGAAACUAUUUUUCUCUGUUUGGCUUUAAUUAAAGCCUUUGGACGUAAAGUUGAAAGCAAGUAUUUCUGUUCUGCUCAUUGCCUGGGUUUUAGACCAUAUGGAUGUGCCACCCCACCCCCUACAAAGGAAGAUUUUAUGUAGCUCAGUCAGGCUGUAUGCCUGCACCCGAAAGUUGACAAAUGGCCUUCCUAAAACGAGAGGAUAGGUAAAUUUUA